AUGUUUUGGGUGUUCGACACGCCACGUUUUGUGAAAAAAAGGUUUCGUUCUUCUCAUGUGCAGACAAUGGAGGCUCGGUUGCUCGAGGUAAGGUGUCGUUUCUCAGUAUUAUUCUUUGUCCUGUAUACAUGAAAUCAAAUGUUUAAUUUUGGUAAAGAUUUGCUUUCAUUUUACUUUCGAUUUCGGCACAAAGUUCAUCUUUUUAGGUAAUGAUGAGUUCAAAAAACGGUCUCUUCUGCUCCAGAGUAGAACAUGUAGUUGUAAACAUUCCAUGGAGCAAAAAAUUCUGCUUAAGUAAACUGGAAAACUCUGUCAAUUCCUUUUCCUACAUUCAAAACAUCAACCUUAGGAUUUUGUCGAUUUUUGAAAGGUUGUUACUCUAAAAAAAAUUUGCAAAACACCGAGCUCGUGCAUUAUUCAUUCGGAAUAUCGCUGACUUCUUUAAAAUAAAUUAUUCUUUGCAAUGAAGGUGAAAUAUAGGAUAAUGCCUGAGUUGCGACGCCUUCUUUAAAAUAAUGACGAGCGCGAGGUUAUUAUUUUUUGGGAAGGCCGAGUGAGCGAGGGCAUUAUCCGAUUUAAUGCACCAUUCUUUUGUUUUGAAACCGGCAGGUCAUUAUUGUGGUCACUGAAGUGGGACAGUAGGCUAUUAUUCGUAAUAAUGACCUCCUGUUCCGCCUCAGUGACCUCCCUUUCCAUUUAUUGAAAAUAAUAACCUGUCCAAAACAAUGGAAAAGUGUAUUAAUAGAGGCAGACUAUUUAAAGAGCUGCGAAGGGCUGAUGUAAACAUUCAUAAGGCCACAAUUCAGCGAGAUUGAAGUGAAUAAUUGUUUUAGUAUACAGCUAUUUCUUGAAAGGUUGUCCAAAAACUGUGCACGCGGCAACCCCGAAAGGUAAUAUGGGAUAUGAUCAUUACAGUGUUCCUGACAUUGUAGCUGUCGAACCUAUUUUUGUUUCUUUCCUUUAGCACUCGCAAACAUACGUCCAUGGCCCCUCUUGCCAUUCUUUGAAAUUUCUUUGAAAAACAGUGAACUGAAAACCACCUACGAUACCUUUCGGGAUUGUCGCGUGCACUUUUUCCGGACGACAGUGAUAUCCUGCACUAUUCACUUCGGUGAAUAUUUGUUAUAUAUACACAAAGUGAUCUCAACAGUAUCAGAUAGGAAACCAUUAAAAAAGAUUACAUUGAUUGAUUUAUUCAUGCAUGAACAUUCAGGGGCACCCAACGAGAAUAUAGCUCAAAACCACCUAAACAUAGCAUUGUUGAACGUAUUUUAGUAUUUAAACGGUAGGUAUAUUUUUGUCCGCUAAAAAUUUUUCAUCUGUUCGGAUUUCCUAUACUGAAAGUCUGGUGAUCCGAAAAUUAUCGGGAUCAAAACCUACCUUUUCGAAAAUUUCAGCCAGAAAAAAGGCUCUCGAAAAUUCUAGGUGACUUUUUUAGGGUAAAAAUCCGUUAAAAAUGGGCAAUUAUAUCAUUUUUCAGAUGUUCGAAAAUCCUAGGAGAGGCAGGCAAGCAAGAAAUUUUACAACAAAUGCUCCUAAAAUUCUAGAUCUCAAAUCGUCUUCCGAACAGAUAUUUUCCAAAAAUUGACGUUGGGUGCCCCCGAACAUUUUGCCGUUAACAUACCCAAAAGUUCAAUCUUUACAGUAUCUUCAAACAAGGGAAAUCAUAGUUUCAAUCUCGUUGUAACCUGUAGCAUUAAUAGUGCAAAAGUAAUCGUCAGACGCUUAAAUUACCACCUCAUCUAAGAAGAAAUGUAAGCUUUAUAUGCUUCUGUCAACUCACUAAUGAAAAUGGUUUAUUUUGUCGCUUCUUUUAAGUGCUGACAACGGUGGCUCCGAUUGAGGUUAGCGUUAUCUGUAAUGUUCUUUACCUUGUGUUUUUGCUGGUACAUUCAGUUUUCGAAAAUCAGAGUUGCUUUCAUCUUUUUUCUUCAUAAAUUAACUUGGAUUUCUGGGCAAAAUCUCUAGUUAACUUCGAGCGUAAAAGUCAGUUACAGUAAAUGUCUUCACAAUAAUUCAAGUUUUUUUAAGACUUUAAAGUAACAUAAGGGCAAGGAUUUUCUUGAAUGUUCAAAAAGUUCUUAACCUAAAACGUUAGCAAAACAUUGAGUUCACGAGAGCCAUUUUAUUUUGCUUUAUAUUUUCCGUAGUCCGAGAUAGCGAACCAAUAAGUGCGUAUAUAAUAAAGCUAGACUUUAAUCCUUUUUACACCGCCUAAAAGCCGGCGCUUUUCGCUACCAGUGGGCUAUAACAUAUACCCUAGUAGUAGCUCAACCAAUCAGAACGAAGCAUUGAUAACAGACCAUUAGUUGGAUUUUACUAAUGCCUUAUAUGCCAUGCUUUCCAAAUAUGGUCAGUUUACGCGUCAAGUUAAGACGAGAAGCGAACCAAAAUUUUGCAGAGGAAGGGCGGAAUGGCGACCGAAGAACAUUGUUUUAAUCAUUACAACGCCAGAAAAUGCAAUUUCAUCGGAAGGCCAAAGAGGCGCGGAGCAUGAUCGCUAAGCGAAUCAAAACUCUAGAAUUUCGAUAUCCAAAAUAGCGAACCAAUCAGAUUCCUUAAAACACCAAGAUCAAUGAGUGUUUAGUAUUCUAGGGUUUUAUGUUCCAAAACUAACCAAGAUAGUUAUCAAUUCAGUGAUUAUUUAGAGGGUGAUUUCGAUAUUUAAAUAAUUAAAGCUGAGUGACUCUUUUUUGCGGAGCUCUCGCGCGCGAAGAGCGCGCAGCGGAGCACCAUGGGUAAGAAAAAUGUGGUAAACUACCCAUCCGAGAAAAUUUGAUAAUCACGUCGCCGUACACCGACGGACCGACCGCCCGAGAGUCCGUCCGUCCGCACGACAGGCAUACCAAUGUAAAAUAAUUCAAUCAACAGGUAUGGCAACCGAAAAGCAACUCAAUGUUUUAUUUGGAAAGAAAUCGCAUGGCCGCCCGGACUUUAAGAAAGAAAAAGCAACAACAAAGUAGCGUCUUUUUCGACGUUAUUUUUGAUGUUUACACUCACCUGGAUAACAGAGAAAGAGCUUGAGCGAGUGAUUGAAAACAGAAGAGACGAAUUUUGUAGGAAGAAAAACAAGAAAAUUUAAAGCGGCGGUGAGACAAUGAGAAGUGCUAGCGGCCAGCAAGGUGAAAAUGAGGGGCAGUGAAAAAUAAAAGCGAACAUGAACACAGGGGACAAAAUAUUGGGUAAACACAUACGAUAAUUCCUCCAUAAAAAUAAUGUGUAACUAGGAAGUUUGACGAUUUAGUCCUACAAAACAGCGUUGUAGUUGUGCUAAAGAACGCCCAAGAAAAACAAAAAGUGUGCUGUAAAACGAACAAAUUUGUGUUUUUGCUAAUUAGAAAAAAAAGCGGGUGUACUUGCAAUUUGUUUUUUUGCUAAUUAGAUCUAUUGAUCUUGAUGCCAUUUUCAUUGCCGUCCCCGUUUAGCAUUACACGAUUUAAUUUUGUUUGUUUAUAAGUAUUAUUAACCAGAGCUUCGCUUUUAGCUCUGGCUAAAUCUAUAUAUUAUUGUAAAAGUUUUGUUAUGUUCUUCCGAAAAUAUAACAACACUUUCUGUUAAUUUUAUGAAGUGUUUAUUAGACUGAUAACAGAUUUAACACUGUUAUCAUGCACAUUGCAUAUUCAUAUCUUGUUGAUCUUAAACUCCUCGAGCUGUACAGCAGUAAGGGAAAGCGAAGAACUAAUACAGAAUUAUGUUUUUCGUGAUACCUUUAUGUUUACAAAAUAAGAAAAGAAAACAUGUCUUAAGAGUUUACGAACGUUCGUAUCUACAAAUGAAAUAGUAGCAAACGUGAAAAUGAUGUGAGAUAUGCUGUUUGUUUGCAGUGAAAUCGAGACGUGAGCUAUCUGAAAAUCAAUGUGUUGCCUUAAAGCCAAGGAAAAAUUGGAUGCUUGUUUCUUAGAAUAGAUUUGAGAUCAGGAUUAAUUCUUGAAACUUGUAAUAGACCAAGGUUUCUUUCAGCAGUAAUUUUGCCCUGGAGAUAUAGGAUUCAGUUGACUAGUCACAGAUAUAUAACCUGUCAAAAGUUUUAUUUAAGGUACAGAAAAACGGGCAACAAAAAACGUACAACUUGUCUUGCAACAUUGCUGCUAAACGAGUUGAAUAGCGAUGUUGCGCGGCUUACCACUCAUGUUCAAACAUGUUAACAACCUGAUUUGUUACAAGACAGGUUUAAUGUGGGUGGUAAAACGCCCAACAUCGCUAUUCAACUCGUUUUGCAGCAGUGUUGCAAGACAAGUUGCACGUUUUUUGUUGCCCGUUUUUCCGUACCUUAAGGUAGCCUCCACAUUGUCGGAUAGAACGUUAGCCCGACGUCGCCUUGACACAGUUGUCAGUUAUAACACUUUGGUACUUUCUGUACAGCCAAUUGCCUGACUCAUUGCUUGGAUUAUGCUAGAGAAAGUGAAAUUGCCAACGGGGAAUUCCAAUACUUCAGUGGGUCGUUUUCGGUUAGAAUGUGCCACAUAUCGUGAAAUUCUAAACACAAUUAGCCACAGGGUUUAUAUCUUUCUUAGGCCGUUUUUGAAGAGCUUAUAUUCGAAGGUUCAUGUUAUAGAAACGAAAUCCCAUAAAGUUUAUAAUCAGCAGGAAAUUUGUGAUGAUGAUAAAAUUCGUGACAACGAAACAAACAAAUCUUACACAUUAAUUUAAUGGAUUUAACAACAUCACAUAUCAUAUUUUAUACCGAUAAUUCCAAGUUCGCUCCAACGUAUUUACAUUGUUCUCUGUCUAUAAUAGAUCAUAUAUAUGGAAUUCUGAAUUGCGAUAAAAGCCUGUCAGCCGCCACACAUAUUCCACAUGAUUUACCAUAAUCUUCUGAUCAAUAACAUCGAAAAGUGUGACGUUUUGAUUAUUUUAGAUAGGCCCUGGAAAACAACACUAGUAGUGCAGGAGGUGCUAUUUCACAUGCAGAAAAAAGAGAUCAAGAGGCUUUAACUUGGCGAGAAAGUGCUCCAUUUACAGAGACUGAAAAGAAGUGAUUAAAUUAAUUAAAUCGACAA